GUGAUAACAAACAAUUUAUUACAUUUGGCCCACAUUUGUUUGAGAUAAAAUUCGAUGUUUUUGAAUUAAAUGAGAAAUAAUCGUUGAAUCGUAGUACGAAAUUCGAUUGAACGGAAACUCUUGGCCAAUGCGAUGCAUUGAGUUGAUCGUCACUUCUUUCCUGUGCAGUGGUGUGAUUGCUUUUGCUUCACCGAAACCAUACCAAGUACAUGCACAAGUGUACUGUUGCCGUUGUUGCUGUAUAUUGGAUGGAGAUGCUUGUUUCUCUGUCGUCGGUUGUGUGUUUCGUUUUGUUUGUGUCGGCCCGGUGUACGGUGUGAUUGAAAACAGUCGGUGCGUGUUAUUCAGUAUUUACGUGUCGACCAGUUCGGUUGUGGAACGUUUUUAGUGUGUGUAUAGUAUUUCGUUUCUCAUCUGUUUACCGAUUUUCUAGUAGCGCGCUAUCGUGUGUUCUUCGCGAUUUAUUUGUUCCGUUCUGUUGCUCGUUUAGCCAGUCGAACGCAAUGCAAUUUGAAUUUGAAACAAAAGACAGGAAUGAACAGGUGCCGUAGACCAAAUUCAAAUGUGAAUAACUGUCGAAAAAAAAAUUUCAUUAUAAAAAAAAAUAUGUAUAUGAUUUGAUUGAAUCAAAACGCCGUCGACAAUCAAAUUGUGGUGAAUCCAAUGAAAAAUGAAUGCAGUCGAACUGAAAUCGAAAGAAAAAAAAUAGAAAUCAUAGAAGAAAAUAAAAGAGAGAAAAAAAUCGCAAGAACUGUGUGUAUGCGGUGAAUUGUGACAGCGACGUAUCGCAUCAAAUUCAAUCUACCGGUUUGCCAAUCGGCGAUUAUGUUUAUUUGAUUCGUUUGAUUAUAGUUUCGUUUACGACAACUGAUUCUAAUAUUGAAAUAAUAGAAGGCAAUAAUAACAACAACAGCCAAAGCCGACGGAGAAAGAUAUAAAAAAGAGAUAGAACAAAAUAGAAACCGAUCAACUUUGUUGGUGUUUUUGUGAGUGUGAAUAGAAUUCUUGAGAGGAAAAAAAAACGAAGAUAGACAAGAUUAGAUUCAAUUAUUACAAUUUUUAAUUAGAUGUGAGUCGGCUUGAUUCAAAUCAAUCGUAAGCCAGUUGACAUUGAUUGUUUAUAACGUGUUCGUUCUGACGAAAGGAAAAUAAAGUGAGAAAAUUAAAGUAUGUUGACACCAUCGGCAAAUCAAAACAAUUAAUUGUUCUUUGAACUAACGUGAAAUUGCAAAUCAACGCAAAUACCAGCGCCAAAUUGAAAGCAGAACAUUCUCUCAGUACAACGAGCCAAAGUGAGCGAGAAAAGAAGAAAAAAAAUGGAAACAAAUUUGCAAAGCAGUGAGGUGCGCAUACCGAAAACACCGCAAUCAACGGGCUCGGUGUGUCCACAGUUUAAGAGUACAUUUGCACGAUCAUUGUCCUUCAAUACAAACACGCCGCCAAAUAAACCGUUAGAUUUUGAAAUCAGUUUUCGCAUCGCUCAAAAUGUGGACCAUUCACAAACGAAUUUGUCAACCACCGCCGCCACGGUGCCACAGUCGCACAAAGUCGUUGACGAAAUUGACGAAGAUUUCGAGGAAUUUAUGCGAAACUCCCCAUUGAAGCAAUCACUGCAAAAUUUAUCGGGCAAAUCAACAACACCAACGACGCCGCCAACGCGCAAAAAUGCCAUUGCAUCGCGUGUAUUCAACACAACCUGUUCCGGACGACAUCGAUAUCAGGACACGCAAGGGAAUAAAUCAUGUUCACCCGAAAUUGAAUUGCUUCGUUUGCGAAAGGAAUGUCAAAAUUUGUUGGAAGAGAAUCGCCGUUUGGUCAACAGAAAUGGGUCAACCGAGAUUAUACACGGCCAAGACACAUUGCUGCCAACCACAAACAAUUCCGUCGAAGAAGCCGUUCUCCAAACACAGAUCGAGACUCUACAAUGGCAGUUGACUCAGGUUGAAUCCAGUCGCCAAAUGUAUCAUGCUCUGAUGGAAGAGGUGGUACGAUUUUUAGAGCGAUGCUAUCAAAGUAUUGAGUCCAUGCAAAAGAAUAACAAAAUUGCACGAUCACGAAGCAUCAACCACAUGUUUAUCGAACAAUCGGCUCAAUCGACGGCGGCGACGGCGGCAAAAACGGAACGUCGCAUUAGCGACAUUGGAUCUCUGCGAAGCAACCUCAAUAUCGCUUCCGAUAAAACCGGUACAAGUGCAUCGACAACGGAAAAAGACCAGCUGAACGAAUCGUUUGCCUCAUCCAUCACAACAGCAACAACCAACAGCACCGAUUCGUAUAACAAUUUUACCGAUUUUACGUGGCGACGAUCCCCAAAGAAAUCACCACAAAAAGGAUUGAAUGAUGAUGAUGCUGAAAAAUUGUCUCAGGAAGCAUUCCGUCUGUAUCGAACGGCACAGAAUUUGCUGAAUCUCAAAGAGCCCAUUCUCAGUGAAUCAAAGUCAAUGCAAUCAUUUCACCGGAAUUCAUUGUCCGAUCUGAAGACCACGGGAUCGUAUGCCGGGCCAACAACAUUACAACGCAAACUGAAAUCACGUGAAAGCCAUAAUUCGUAUCAAAGCAACAGCACCAGUGACGGAUCAGUCCAUUCAAAUUCAUCAUCGAUUCGAACCGAAACGGAUGAAGAAAUCCAUUUGGAUGGCCGUAGCAAUGGUCUGCCUGUGCUCAAUGGCAACACAAUUCGAAGAACGAGCGCAAGUAUUCCGGACAAAUACAGUCCAGCUGCUGAAAUGGAGGCGAUGACAUUGGGCAAGGAUCGCAUUAAAUCGGUUGCCAGCAGCUCGGCGGACGAUGAAAGUGGCUUCAGUUCGAUGAAUUCAUUUCACCAUGAACCGAAUCCAACAUCAAUGUUGCCACCAUUAGCACUCAAUUCAACCAUGCUCUCGAACCAAAUCUCAUUGGAAGACGAUGCUGGCGGCAAACCGAAUCACCACCAUCAUAAUCAUCAUGAUGUACUUAAACCUGAACCACUCAAUGGCAACACAUUCAAUUUGAUUCAAUCCGAAAUGAAAUCACUUCCGCCCGUUCUGCACAGAAGAUUCGAUUCAGCGCCACCAAUUCCGCCAAAAAAGAAGCUCACCACAUUCACAUCGCUGAAAAAUGAAAACAGCCCCGACAAAGCAACCGGAAUACAUGUUCUGUGGGUGUAAUGCUGUUAGUUGCGACGGGUUUUGCCACACAAAACUUCCUAAUUUUAUACCAAUCAGAUUCUUCUUACAUUCUUACUUACUUCUCUCUUUUUAUAAUUUCAUUCGUAGCGUUUAGACUUGAUUUUAACAGAAUUUUUUCACAUUAGACAAUUUACAUUAAUUUAAUUUCUCUCUCUUCAUAGUGAUACAAAAACAAUUUAUUAUUAUUAGUACAUUUAGUUCCAUGUUCAAUUCGUGAAUAAUAAAAACGCAAAUAGGGCCUCGGUCGUUUUGGAAUUGUUUCUUGUACGAAAGUUUAUUCCAUCAAUUCGUUACAACCUUACAACUGUUCCGAAGCGACGACACAAAUACACAAGAGUCUAUCGUUGAUUUAUGUUGAUUUUUAGAUGAAAAAUUUGUUAGAAAUACAAAAAAUUUUUAAAUGUUAAGUGAAGUUAGCAAGAAAACAGGGCCGAAAUACAAGAAAGCACACAAAACACAAUAAA